AUGGCGCAGUCUCGACAGAAGAGUUAUUCAGAUAAGCGCCAUAGAGAUUUGGAGUUCGCAGUGGGUGACCGCGUGUUCUUGAAAGUUUCGCCAAUGAAAGGCGUGAGGAGAUUUGGGGUGCGAGGGAAAUUGAGUCCUCGUUAUAUUGGCCCCUACGAGAUCUUGGAGCGGAUUGAGACGCUGGCUUACCGACUUGCAUUGCCACUCAAGCUUGUGAGUGUGUACAACGUAUUCCACGUCUCCAAUAUCUGCAAGUAUGUGCAUGAUCCUGAGCAUGUCUUGGUCUAUGAGCCGCCGGAACUGCAAGAAGAUAUGAGCUACGAGGAGUUUCCGGUGAUGAUUUUGGCUCGGGAGGUG